GAAUAAGUCCAUCGCGUCUUAUAUAGGGUUUGGGAUCUCUCUCUGUCUCUCUCUAUCUGCACAGCUUCACAAGGUACACUAUCUCUUCUUACAAAUUAUCGGAUCCAGGGUCAGAGCUAGCUUCUCCGAUGGCUUCAAAUUUGCCCAAGGAUCUUCCGGCUGAUGAGAAGGCAGGUUCGACAGAGAGCAAAGCCACCAAAUCUGAAACAUCCUCUGGGGAGGCGCAGCCGGGACAAAGAACAGCUACUUCUCCCCCCGGAGCUGGGAUUCCUCCCAACCCCUUCGAUUUCUCAGCCAUGACUGGCCUGCUCAAUGAUCCAAGCAUUAAGGAACUGGCUGAACAGAUAGCAAAAGAUCCUUCAUUCAACCAGAUGGCAGAGCAACUCCAGAAGACUUUUCAGGGUGCAUCACUUGAAGAUAGUCAUAGUAUCCCACAGUUUGAUACUCAACAAUAUUACAACACUAUGCAACAGGUCAUGCAAAAUCCUCAAUUUAUGACCAUGGCUGAGCGCCUUGGUAAUGCAUUAAUGCAGGAUCCAUCAAUGUCUAACGUGCUUGAAAGUUUUGCAAAUCCGACAAACAAAGACCAGCUUGAGGAACGAAUGGCACGCAUCAAAGAAGAUCCAUCCUUAAAGCCUAUUUUAGAAGAGAUAGAGAAUGGUGGCCCAGCUGCUAUGAUGAGGUACUGGAAUGAUAAAGAUGUUCUACAGAAGUUGGGUGAAGCUAUGGGUCUUGCAGUAUCAGGAGAUGCAACUACUUCUGCUGAAAAUUCUGUACCAGAGGAAGCUGAAGAUCCUGGUAAUGAGGAUGAAUCAAUUGUUCAUCACACUGCUAGUGUUGGUGAUGUAGAGGGUUUGAAAAAUGCACUUGCCUCUGGUGCUGACAAGGAUGAAGAAGACUCGGAGGGAAGGACAGCAUUGCAUUUUGCAUGUGGAUAUGGUGAGGUGAAGUGCGCUCAGGUCCUUCUUGAGGCUGGAGCAACUGUGGAUGCAUUGGACAAGAAUAAAAAUACUGCACUUCAUUACGCAGCUGGUUAUGGAAGGAAGGAGUGUGUGGCUCUACUGCUGGAGAAUGGUGCCGCUGUUACACUUCAGAACAUGGAUGGGAAGACUCCUAUUGAUGUUGCCAAGCUAAACAAUCAACACGAGGUGCUGAAGCUGCUCGAAAAGGAUGCUUUCCUGUGAGUUUCGUAGGUGGCAUAUUUAUGCUUGUGUUCUAGCAUAUGUUAUAGGGGCUUUUCAUUUUGUGCCUAAGACCAAUUUGCUUUGAUGGCCAUGAGAUGUAAACUUGAUGCGUUGUCUAUCCGAUAUUUACUCUGAUUGCGACGUUGCAUUAAUUUCAAGGUAACAUGAAGUGUCUUUCAUGGAAGAAUUCUAUUA